GCGCUGCCCUGGCGCCGAGCCCAAGGACAGCGGCAACCGCUUUUCCGGCAGUAAGCUGCUUGUCCACCCUUCUAGCCCGUUCGACAACGCUUCCCCUCUACGGUGCUCGACUCGGCCGCCGGGCCGUGUGGGUCCUGACAAGGCCGCCAGCGCCGGCAGGCCUGGGUCUCGCGCGCGUGUUGCUGGGUAACGGGCCUUCUCCCGAGACUGCUCGGCCUCGGCCCUCCUUCCAGAGCCUCCAGGGCCACUGCCGAAGGACAGGGCUGCGCCGGGCGUGGCGCAGCCGAGACUGAAGAAAUGGGAAUGCCUCCAAGGCGCACCUGCGGCGAUUGCCUUCGCUGGGGAAGCGGCAGCGUCUUCGAGGAAACCGGAAGCCCUUGGUGACCCCUGGCGACCCGGUUUGGUUUCGGUCCUUUCCCAAACACUAGGGAAUCGAAACUCGGCGGCCCUGGGGGCGGCCCUACGUAGCCUGACUUAGGGCUGUCAUGGAUACACUGGUAGAAGAUGAUAUCUGCAUUCUGAACCAUGAAAAAGCCAAUAGAAGAGACACAGUGACUCCAAUUUCAGUAUAUUCAGGAGAUGAAUCCGUUGCUUCACAUUUUGCCCUUGUCACUGCAUAUGAAGACAUCAAAAAACGACUUAAGGAUUCAGAAAAGGAGAACUCAUUGUUAAAGAAAAGAAUAAGAUUUUUGGAAGAAAAGCUUAUUGGAGCUCGAUUAGAUGAAGAAACAAGUUCUGUGGGACGAGAACAAGUAAAUAAGGCCUAUCAUGCAUAUCGAGAGGUUUGCAUUGAUAGAGAUAAUUUGAAGAGCAAAUUGGAUAAAAUGAAUAAAGACAACUCUGAAUCUUUGAAAGUAUUGAAUGAACAGCUACAAUCUAAAGAAGUAGAACUCCUCCAGCUAAGGACAGAGGUGGAAACUCAGCAGGUGAUGAGGAAUUUAAAUCCGCCUUCAGCAAACUGGGAGGUGGAAAAAUUGAGCUGUGACCUGAAGAUUCAUGGUUUGGAACAAGAGCUGGAACUGAUAAGAAAAGAAUGUAGUGAUCUCAAAAUAGAACUACAAAAAGCCAAACAAACGGAUCCCUAUCAGGAAGACAAUGUGAAAAGCAGAGAUCUCCAAAGACUAAGCAUUUCAAGUGAUAAUAUGCAACAUGCAUACUGGGAACUGAAGAGAGAAAUGUCUAAUUUGCAUCUGGUGACUCAAGUACAAGCUGAACUACUAAGAAAACUGAAAACCCCAACUUCAAUCAAGAAAGCCUGUGCCCCAGGCGGAUGCUUUGAAGACCUUGGGAAAGACAGCACAAGACUGCACUUGACGAAUUUUACUGCAACAUACACAAGACAUCCCCAUCUUUCACCAAAUGGCAAGGCUGUUUGUCAUACUACAUCUUCCCCUUUACCAGGAGAUGUAAAGAUUUUAUCAGAGAAAGCAAUCCUCCAAUCAUGGACAGAUAAUGAGAGAUCCAUUCCUAAUGAUGGUACAUACUUUCAGGAGCACAACUCUUAUGGCAGAAAUUCUCUGGAAGAUAAUUCCUGGGUUUUUCCAAGCCCUCCUAAAUCAAGUGAGACAGCAUUUGGGGAAACUAAAAGUAAAGGUUUGCCUUUACCGAACCUGCCACCACUCCAUUACUUGGAUCAGCAUAAUCAAAACUGCCUUUAUAAGAGUUAAUCCUAAAGAGAUUCAUGAUCUGAUCAUGAGGACACUAUCUCUGUCAGUGAUUCUCCCAAGAAAUUAUUUAACAAGCAGAGUGGAUUUUGAUUACAAUUUUACAGAGUUCUUCAGUGUAUACAUUUGAACAUAUUGUAUAAUAUUAUGUAGUUGAUUUUCCAGUAUGAAAGCAUCCUCUAGCUCCAUAUUCUGAGAAUCAUAUAUGCUACUGUACUAAUUAAUAAAUAAACAUAAGUUGUUUA